AUGGCUGAAAUGCUGAAGCCCACUGACUUCGGAGGAUGGGGACGAAGAGUCGAAUUCAGCUCCCGCUGCCCUCCUACUAUCGAGCCCGGCACUAGAAUUAUCGCAGUGUGCGGCAUCAACGAUUUUGAUAAUGCCUCAUCUCCAGGGGAAGACGGCUGGUUUCACUCGGAUUUUUAUCUAUUUCAUCAUCUCUUCUCCGGUCUUGGCACAAAUCAAGUUUGGCUGACAUGUGUGGAUCCGGUUGAUUUGGUUGUCAAGUACAAAGAGUUUGUACACGGCAAUCGUCUAGAGAUGCGUCGGGUCGUCCUUGACGCGGAAAUGCUCCCGGAUAUCGAAAAGGCAAACAAUAUUCGCGUCAUAAAACCAAAGCAUCUUCUUGAACGAUUUCUCGCCACUGUCCGCUCCGAGUGCAAACUUGCAGCUUCGAACGAAGAAUCUGUACUCAUCCUCAUUUUUGGACAUGGCGAUAAAGACACCUACGGCGUAUCAAUUGGCGGAAAAACUGAUUCGCUUGCUGCACCACGUCUGACCGUCGAGAAUUUGAACAUUGCGAUUGGGAAUGCUGCAAACGUUGCAUUGCUAAUGACUUCUUGUUUCUCUGGCGGUUGGGUCGUAAAGACGGCCCGAGACGAGACCAAAGCAUUACUCAAUGCAACGGUGAUGGCUGCAGCAGGGCCAGAAACGGUUUCUGAGUCCUGGGCGAAGAGCGAUUCCAUAGGUCGGGCAGCGGGAUCGAUUUAUGCCUCAGCCCUCGUGAAGGCUGCAAUGCAAAUGCAAAUCGCGGAAGAGGAAGGAGUUGAAGAUGAAGACGAGAUAAGAUCCUCACCAGCAUACGUCGGGUGGGCAAAGUUCAUCCAUGAUAUCGGCCGCGACGAGGUGGACCGGUUGUUUUGGAAGCAUGACAUAAAAUUCGCCGCCCAAAACGAUUCGUGGGAUUCUGAAUGGAAGACUAUCUCUGGGCUACCUGCAGCUGAUUACAAGGCCAGAUGGGAGAUGCUGAAACCUAUCCCGAUCGAUAAAGCCGACCCUUUAACGAACCGAGCUCCAAACGCUAAUUUCGAAGUUGACAUGGCCACCUUAAGCCUUGGAGAACCCGGAUGCAUAGUCGGCACGGCCGCCUCAAGCCUUGGAGAACCCGGGUCUAUUAUUCUAGGGCAAGAAUUUCGAGGAAGCUUUCUAAACAUUGUGCGCGAACAAGCAAGACAAUAUUUAAACAGUUUCCCUGGUAACGACGCGUCGGGAUGCAAUUCGCAUCAUUCUCGGUUUCAGAGCUUAGUCCGAGGGGAUAGCUUUGACGAAGAAUACCUCGAAAGCCUGUCUAAUAUUCUGUGCUAUCGCAUGUCGAUCAUGAAAUUGGCUACAGAUUUCAAGGAUUUACUUGACCUCCCGAUCGCUGAUGGGCACCUGUUUGAUACAUGGGCGUGGGAGCAAAGAACUCUGGAAGCAUGCGACAUCAAUGAAACAGACAUUGCAAAAGCCAAAGAACCGUGGACGCGUUACGAGAACAUCCGACACGCGAUUAAUGAUGCACGUAUUUUUGAUUCACCAACCCGGAAUCAAGGUUUCUUCUACUCCAAGCCGUCCGAGUAUUUGGCAAUCGCAUUCUACGUAUCAGGUCGGCCCAAUGAACAAAUCCUCAGUGAGAUCGAGAAGUUGGUAAAGUUCAAGAACAUCAUGGUUGCUUAUCACGAGAAGAGAGUCCUCGAGCUUUCUGCGGUUCAAGAACACAACAAACGAUUUUUCCGCACAUUCAGCCGCCUUAAGAAGAGGCUCAGGUCGCUAUCCCCGAGAAAGAAAGCUAUCUAACCAUUGACGAGAGGAGGAUCAACUUCAUUCAAGAUAAGGUUGAGCAUAAGCAUCGAACAGCGAAAUGGAGCGUGGCAUUGAAAUAAAGCAUGGCGUCGGAACGUAGCAUGGGCAUUGAAAUCGAGCACAACUUGCUGAAAAUAGAAAUAGAGCGUGGCAUUGACAUAAAGCAUGGCGUUAGAAUGAAGCAUGGCGUCGGAAUGCAGCAUGGGCAUUGAAAUCGAGCACAGCUUGCUGAAAUGGCGUCGGAAUGUAGUAUGGGUGUUGAAAUCGAGCACAACUUGCUGGAAAUAGAAAUAGA